AAGGAAUGCAAUGCGUUUGGAGGAGGAAGCGCGGAGCACGGCCGCGGUACCUACGUCAUCAGAUGCUACCCAAAAAUUUACCAGAAUCCUGGAUGCUCGAGACAAGGGUUUUCACUAUGGCGUCUCUCAUCCUAGGUUUGCUAACGUACUUUACUUCUCCAAAGCGCCCACAGUUUCCGAAUCAGCCGCUAGUAGGUGCCUCGGCGCGAUCUGCCCAGAUCGCUUUCCAUAACCACAUUAUCCUCUCUUCAAUCUUCUCCUUCCUCCCACCCCGCGAAACCCGUCGGUUAUCAGCGGUUUGCCGGACAUGGCAGCAGGCUACGCCAUACAGAGGGAGCAUAGAACUCUCUUUUGGCGACCAGUUAGUCAGGAUGACUUGUGUGGAUGCGGCUGAGAACGCAGACGGGCGGGUCAUAUGCAAAUUCCGGCCAUUGGAACCACAGAUCGUUUGCAGAGCAAGGACGUUGGAGGGAUUAGACCAAAUAACAGUCAGGUCCCUGGGUGGUAGAGAUGGAUACCAUAAAAGUGACGUUAGACUAUCGUUCAAGUUUUCUCGGUCCGACUUCUUCGUCCAUGGGUACCGGGCCAGUGAAGCAUCCACCGACCCAUUAUUUGCCGAGUACAUUCUCUACCUGAAACCAACCGACGAAGGCAUUGAACAUCAAGUAUUCUGUCCCCACACUUUUUGGUGCACAUUCUCUCUAUACAACUAUAUCAAGUACCCUACAUCCAAACCGUCAGAGAGAUCAUCGAUCUUUAACUCGGUAGUCUCUGAUAUUCCAGGCUUUAUAUCAAUGUCACCCACUGUCUUGAGCGAUCAUUUACGGAGCUACAACGCUAUUAAUGCUGUGUUUCUGCACCAAUCUCUUUUGUAUCGCCCUUUCCUCGACUUCGUACUCAAUGAAAACCUCCUUGGUCCCGUUGUCAAUGUAUAUACGUUCCUACGAUACCUCAUGGCAGAUGCCAUCGACGCUGUAAGGAAUUGGGAGCGACUAGAUUCAUUUUCGAUGGAUAACCCUUGGGGCUCUGGGUCAGCCGGUGAGGAGGGUGCUCAAAUGGUAAAGAAUACCACCAUUGCACAAUGGAAGGCGCUUGGCGAUCCCGCACGUUUUUUGACUUGUGGACAGGGAGACUGGCCAGCGGAAGAAGAAUUGUGGGGCAGAUUAUUGCGUAUGCAUGAGAAAGUUACGCAUGCCUUUGAGCAGCACGGCAAUGGGCCGUGUGAGAUUUGUGCAGAGGUCUCCUUGUUUCCUUUUUCACAGAACUGAAUUUGCUUAGCCGAUUGGAUCAGAAUUUUGCCUUGAUAACCUAUUACAAGAGUGAAGCAAUUCCUGCGUUACCCGCCACACCUCUACCAGUAUGG